CUAAAUUAUCGAUGGACGAGUCUUCGUCAACCCAUAUUCCGUCAUCUCUUUUGUGACCAGCAUCAGAGGUUUCUUGCUUCUGUCAAGAUUCUUCAACAAAGCCACAGAACGCGGGGUCAAGAUCAAGGUCAAACCAAGCUGAUCUUCCAUGGCAGUAUCGGUCUCUGUUUCUGAAUCCUUGAUGUCAUUUCUGAACGAUUCCCCUAGCGGCUUAGGCAAAGAAGAAUAUAGCAUAACUCACUUAGCGGAGGAUUCUGAUAGCAACUUUGAUGAGAUACCCCGUGAUCAGAUCUACAAGGAAACGAUGCUUUGUCGGCUUAACUUUCUGAGUAACUACAAAACCAAGUCGGUGGAAAAAUCAUUUUCUUUGGAAAAUAGACAGCAUGACGUAUAUUUGCUAACCCGAGACGAUAUUAGAAGGCCCAAGAAAAAAUAUGACUAUCUGCAUAUUGGACUAGUGCAAGUUUUAGUCAGGCCUCUUGAAUAUAUUGGUCGUAAUCAGAGAAUCUUAGUGUGCUUACGUGAUGCGAAAUAUCCCAACUUGAAAGACUCAGUCUUAGCUGCAUUAGAUAUCAGCUUGGAAAAUGGUUUCUCAAAGUUUAAUUGGUUCCCAAAUUUCUCGUCAUCUUCUUCUGAUCUAUCAAAGUCCAACGGGUUGGUGAUAACUGUGGAGCCGCGUGGCCUUUCGACUCAAGAAGGUUAUCGUACGUUGAAGAUUGCACACAGAAUGUGUUACAAACUGAUGAAGGGGUCUCUUGAACCCAGAUCACAUUUUGAAAAUCCUAUGUUGGAGGUGAAAACUGACAGCAUAGAAGUUCUUGCACCUAGAACCUUUAGCAAGAACUGAACUGAAUCUAAUGGUUUUGCUGAAAAAUCUCUUUUCUGGCAAGCAUAUACAAGUGAGUAUUUUAAUUUUAUCCUUCUUUAUAUAGUUUUUAAGAAAUUAUGAUGAAGAUUAAUGUAUGAAUUAAGAUUGAUGAUCUAGUAUUCCAUCUAGUUCUGGCGUUUGAUGUGCUCCUGCUUUGUAAAUCGUAGUUUGAAUGUAUUAGUAAUGUUUAUACGUAAACCAAAUGAUGGAAUUAAUAUUUGGAAUUAUGGGUUUGAUGUUUUUGCUAUGUUUUGAUGUGUUCUUGUGUCUGAGGAACACAUUAUGGAGACUUACAAAUUAAGUGAA